GCCUAUUUCGACGUGAACGUAUAUCUGUGGGCUAUUGAUUCUUCACCCUUUGUUGCUGCGCUGCCCAUGAGCGUUAGGAAGUGCAUUGCUGCAAGUGAUCAAAGAGUCAGUGCUGCCUUCUACCAGGGUUGCAUGAGUCAUCUCAUUUUAAGACGUGUCGUGAAUCACUGUCGCUGUUUACCUUUUCAAUUUAAAGCCAAAACUUUGGGUGUGGAAGAUUUCCCUUCGUGCACGUGGGAGAGACUUUUGUGCAUUUACCAAAUGAUAGAAAAAACUGAAGUUGACAUCCGAGGCAUCAUAGCGGACAGCGAGUGUUACCAGAGAUGCGACUACGUGCAGUACGAAACCGAAGUGGAAUUCAUCAAGAAUCAUCGCUUAAACACCGUCGUGAAUGGGACUAGUAGCAGAGUGUCAGUACAUUUUGCUGACACAACCUGCAUGAAGUACAGGAGGGAAGUCCUUUACACCUGGGAUCAGAUGUUGGCAAACCUAGGCGGCAUUUUUGGCCUUUGCUUAGGAGGAUCCAUUAUCAGUCUCCUUGAGAUAAUGUGGUUCCUGCUAGAUUUGCUGCAGGCAUCGAUCAAAAGCUUGAGAAAAACAACUGUAACUACACCAAACACCAAUAACUAUCAUUUACGGAAGAAAGAGAUUAUUCGGAAUAAAUUAACUGCGUUUGAGCCGAGGCUUAAAUUUCUCAACUAA